CUUCGAGCCGUCUAAAAUUGAAAAAUUAAUAAUAGUGAUUAUACAACAUACAUAAGACGUGUACACAACGAAAACGUCUGUUGACCCGCGAUCAACAAACGUCGGCGACGGCGGCUAAAGACGUGCGACAGAGCGCAGAAUCCAAAAUAUAAUCGCGCGUUAUUAUCACCGUCACCACUGCUCGCCGACGACCACUGCUACCGUAGGGGCCGGACCGUCGUCGUCGGCCGACGAUCGGACAACGCGUCGCCGCCGCCACGCCGUAACGGUUACGUUAGUCGUCGAAAAAAAUCAUAUCGUUGUGAUAGACUACAUACGAUCGACGCGCGCCAGACCAGUACCGCUCGCCGCUCGGCGUACUUGACAGCGCCGACUACGUCUCUGGAAGCGUGCUUGGUACGUACGCACCGCUCUAGUGCUUUUCAUAGACCAUAUACUUCGAGCACGCGCGAGUGAGUGUGAUUUAAAUAUAAUUUAAUUAUAAUUGAACACGCCACUGCAGUUAAUUACAUCGUUUUGUAUAACGUAAUCAUAAUCGCACGUCGUUUAUUUCGCUGUUAUUAUCAUCAUCAUCAUCAUCAGCUCUCGGCCGAUCUCAGCGCGAGACACCUACUGAUAGCCACUGUAGUGUAACGUAUUACACACUUCUUCGGCUACCGACACACGACGACGGACGUCGUACGAUUUCGUUACCCGGACCCUUCCGCUGCAGUCCAGAGUUCCCAUGGCCGAGGAUCCCGAAUACUGGGUGUUUGGAUACGGGUCGCUGUGCUGGAACCCGGGUUUCGAGUUCAAGGAUUCCAUGGUCGGUUACGUGGAGGGUUUCUCCAGGAAGUUCUGGCAGGGCAACAUUGCACACCGAGGGACCAAGGAAAAACCUGGACGUGUAGCUACAUUAGUCGAAGACCCUCAGGGUUUCGUAUGGGGCAAGGCGUUCCUGUUGCCGGACGAGAAGGCGUUCAGAUACUUGGAGAUGCGGGAGGUGUACUUGGGCGGUUACGAGGUGCACAAGGUGGACGUGCGAUCUGACGGCGCGGACGACUGCCGGCGGACCGUGAACGCGACGGUGUACGUGGCCACGCCGGACAACGGCCAGUGGCUUGGCGAGGCGCCCGUCGACGAGUUGGCCGCGCAGGUGGCCACGUGCUCGGGACCGGCCGGCCACAACGCCGAGUACGUAAUACUGUUGGCGCGAUGGGAGCGGCAGCACGCGCCCGCCAAUCGCGUCGACCUCGAGCUCAACAAGCUCGAGCUGCUCGUACUGGAACAGCUGCAGAUGACCGGCGUGCGGCUCGACGAAGUUCUCACCACCAACAGCAUGCCGUCGUUCUCGUCCAUGGUGCCUGAAAAGAAGUUGAGGUGCUUAAACAUCUGACCGACGUUAUAUGUAUAUAUGUGUGACAACGGUCAUAAAUGAGUGUCCGCUAUUUCGUUACCGUCGUAAGUCCGUCAACCAGAAUACAUAAUAUUACACAUUAUGAAAAUAUAUGAUUUUCGACGUUAGUGUUAAAAUAUUACAACACAAACGCCCGAAAAUCGAAUAAUAAUAAUUGCCCGGCCAUAUUUUCAUAUCGAGCACCGCCGCCACCCGAGUGACAUUUACUCGGCGUUUAAAAACUGUACACCGCACGCGAUGAUAUUAUUUUGUCUUGCGGGCGUUUUCGAUCGCAUAAUGCGAUCGAAUAUAGUAAAGUUAUGUUAUUAUGUUUUAGUAAUAAUCCUACUUGACGUUUAUUAUAUUAAACAAACAAAUAACGAGUAGGACUAACGGAGACGAGUACCUAUAUUUAAUACCAUUGACGUUAAAAUUGACACGUAUACAUUAUUAUUAUACUUUAACUCUGUGAUAUCAUUUAUUUGUAAUUAAAUUAUGAAUACGUGUAUUACACUAAGGAAACAAUUACAAUUUCUCAACUAUGACAGGGUUAUACAUAAUAUAAUAUAGUUAUAAAUAAAUUUUAAUUCGUUGAUGUUGAAUAAUUAUUAAUAUUUAUUACUAUUAUUAUUAUUAUUAUUAUUAUUAUUAUUAUCAUCAUUAUUGUGAUUACUGUUAUCAUCGUACGAUGGAUUAAAUUCCACACGAAUUGCAAAUAUGCAGUGCUUACAUUGUAUUUUUUUAUAUAUGCACACACGAUGAUAAACGUGAUCGCAGUGUAUUGUUAUUAUUUUUAUAAAGUUGUCAAAGACGUCCAAAACGUGAUAUACCUUUUACCUACUUACAUAUAUGUUUAUAAUAUAGUAUAAGUGUAUGUGAUGUUAUUUUAUAUAUUGAUGUGCUUAAAUAUCGCUCAAACAAAAAACUAAUCAUAUAGGUAUAUAAUUAUAUGUAUGUUGUAUUAAUUAUGAUAAAUAAUAUAUCUAUCUACACUGUGGAUUGGAUAUGAGAUUUCGUGUGUGUGUAUAAAAACAAAUAUCUUCUCAAUUGUGGCUAUAUAUAGUAUAUAAGAGCUCUCAACUCACUGUUCAAGUAUUUUCAGUUCUGUUAAAUUGUAUGCAUAAUAUAUCUUGUAUAAAUAUAUCUAUAAUAUAUCAAUAUCAUUAAAUAGAUA